UUGGGGAUCCUGAGCAUCUCCUGCGGUCUCCAACUUCCAGGUCCACAAGUGGGUCAGUGCCUUCCUCCCCUUCCAGGCCUCGCAGUGACCUUUAGCUGGUCACAAGAAGGUGCUUGCUGAGGAGCUCUUAUUUCCACUGAGAGAAUAGAGGCUCCAUUUAGCCAAACAAAUCCUUGAUCAAGAAUCUGGAACAAAGAGCAAAUCUGCUUACAGUAAAUCAGAAACCUCCAAGCCACAUGGGACAUUAUGUGGGAGUGGGAGUCCAGCUGAGACCCCCAGACCCUUCUCUAAUCCUGUCCAGUUGUUCCCUCGGGACCACACAGGUGUGUCCUGAGACACCUGGGAAUUCCACACAUCUGGAGCCAGGGAAGCCAGAUAUGUCUGAAAAUGGAGGACUUGCUUUUCAUGGCCAAAGUGGUAUGGGAGGCAGGCACAGGCCUGGAGGUGGGACAGGGGUGGGGCCUGUUGGUGGUGGGCCGGAAGCGGUAGCCCAAAGCACGUGGUUCACGUGGGCGUUGAGGGCGUGGCCAGGCACGUGGUGGGCGGGGCAGGUACAAGGCAGGGUGCGCAGGCUCAAUUUGUACCCUGAAGGGCUGGCUUUCUGUGGCAAAACGAUGAGGCGGUUGAGCUGGCGGAUGGUGGCCUCUGCGGUCGUGGGCCUCACAGUGGCCCUUGAGGCAGUGCCCUGGCUCCUGGCCUGGCUGCAGGUCGGGCGGCAGCGGCGGCCUCGGCUGCUGCACCAGCGCGGGGUGCGUGUGCGCGUCAUCACCGACUGCGACUACAUGGCCCUCAACGGCUCGCAGAUCGGCCUGCUGCGCAAGGCAGGUAUUCAGGUGCGGCAUGACCAGGAUCUUGGCUACAUGCACCACAAGUUUGCCAUUGUGGACAAGAAGGUGCUUAUCACUGGCUCCCUCAACUGGACCACGCAGGCCAUCCAGAACAACAGAGAGAAUGUGCUGAUCAUGGAGGACUCGGAGUAUGUGCGGCUGUUCCUGGAGGAGUUUGAGCGCAUCUGGGAAGAGUUCAAUCCUGCAAAGUACAGCUUCUUCCCGCAGAAGAAACAAAUCUGCUGAAGCUGCCCUUCUCUGCCUUCAGAGCCUCAGAAGCACAGCCUCCAGUGACACCAGCCACCCUCAGAGAAUAGUUCUGGGGACUGCAUGGGGCUCCUGGGGGUGGCUGAGCUGUGGAGAGGCCAGGGUGCUAUAAAGCCUGUGAGCUGGGUUGCAGUGGUGCACACCUGUAAUCCCAGCUACUCAGGAAGCUAAAGCAGAGGACUCAAAAGUUUGAGGCCAGCCUCAGCAGCUCAGCAAGACCCUCGGAAGGGCUGGAGGCUCAAUGUGCAGUGCACCUAGCAUGCAUGGGCCCCUGAAUUCCAGCAAGGGGAAAAAAAGUAAUGUUGUACACUUAGAAGUGACCUCACUUCUAACACCUGGACAUGGUAGACUCCUUUUUUGGCUCAUGUAAUGGAUGAGUUCCCUGAUCACGUGAGAAGCACGUUCAAGGUGAGGCAAGUCCCUUCUAGCUCUGGCAUCCUUCACAGGUAGUUAGGGGAACAGGUAUCUUUCAUGUAUUUGAGUUUAAAGUUUUUUUUAUAAUGUGUAUGCUAUAUACAGGUAACUCAAAUGACUUCUGAAGCUACAGUCUUGGUGACUGUCCAGUCUUAGCAAAUGGGAGUGUUUUUCCUUUCCAAUGUUAAUUGUGAC